CAAAUCCGAAUAAUUGUCUGCCCUCAACGAAGAAAAAUAUUAUUACUAGACGCAUCGGUGUAGCUGGCCUUUCAUUUCCUCUUCAAAAGGCAGAAGAAAUAGAAUUGCUUGAAGAGGCAGUACGAAAUGAUAUGGGUGUAUGGCAGCAAUACGUCCAUUAUCUACGUGUUCGAAAAUUAAGCGGAAUGAAGAUUCCACAUGUGAUAAAAUCGUUAUUCAGGGAUGAAGCUUUCAACGGGUACAGCAUGCGGGAACGCAUACGACAAAAACGGCCUUUUAAAAGUUAUGUUAUUUUCGUUGAUUGUAUGUUAGAUGUUUGGCAGGAGAUGAGUACUGAUAAACUGGUGGAAAUAGUUAUGGACGUAAUACGGAAAACGCGGCAACGUUCUGCGAAACGACAAUAUCGGGCGAAAAAAGCACUUGAGGAAGAAAAGCAGAUAACUGUAUAAUAUUACUUUAGGACCACUAUAUUGAUAGCUUUUUGAAAAUAUUGUUUUAUUCAUGAAUCUGUUUUUAAUAAAACAUUUAAUUUCCCAGAUAAAGUCAAGAGCAGCAGUUGGAUAAUGAA